AAUUUCUCACGAAGGAAAUAAUGAUCUUCUUCAUCCAAUAUCACCAAUGACAUCUGCAGUAAACGGUGGAGAGUCUAUGGGCAAUAAACUAUUAGAUAUGGGAUUUUUAACUAUAGCUCAAGGCACUAAUCGCUUAAAUAGAGAUACAAGUCUCACUUCUGAUAGCUUCGAUUCAUUUAUUUCUGCAACAUCAGUUCAUUCUCAAUAG